AUGGCGGAAAAAAUAACAUACCUGGAGGAGAAGUUGCAAAACACUGGGAAAGAAGUCCUGGAGCUGCGGAGCCUGAUUGGAGGUGCACCUCAAGUGGCCUUUUCAGCAGCUCUCAGGGAUUCUGGCUCUGGAAACACUGGGCCUAUCUCUGCUAAUACCCCACUGCAGUAUAAGAAGGUCUUCUCCAACACUGGCAGUGGCUACAAUCCUUCAACAGGCAUUUUCACAGCGAUGGUCAAAGGAAUGUACUUCUUUCGAUUCUCAAUGUUCAACAACCUCGAUCGUGUUUCCAACUCUGUUGUGAGCCUCAUGAAGAACGGUGUGAGGCUGACAUCUGUCUGGGACACAUCUGGGACUGACAGCAACGACAUGGGCAGCAAUGCUGUGGUCAUCCCCCUGGAGGUGGGAGACAACGUAUAUGUGGAGCUCCAGGCAAACAGGAUCAUCUAUGAUGAUAGCAUGAAUUACAACACCUUCAGUGGUUUUCUGCUCUUCACCAUGUGA